AUGGAGACAUUCCAACGAUUCACCGAAUUGCCUCUCGAGUUGCAACGAGAGAUAUGGCGCUUUGCUCUUCACGACAAGGCCUCAGCCGUGUGUGUCUUCCGGGCCAAUGGUGAGCUCAUGCCCAGGACCGUGGACGUCGAGAUCCCGUCGCCACUACACGUCUGCCGUGAGUCGCGCUCCGUGGCUCAGUCGUUGCUUGAGUUUCGCUCGACCAGCAACGGAGCCUAUAUGUGCCCGUACCGGGAAUUCUGUCCGGAUCGGGAUACUCUCUUUGUUCCAGAGCAGUGGGCUGCUGACUUCUGCGAUCCGGAGCUCCUCGAGACGUGGACGCAGCGGGGGCAAGUCCGGAGGCUGGCCCUGGAUGAAUUCCUGCUUGCAGAGGAGGAUUUCGUCCGAGUGUUUGCCAAUGUGCUUUCAUCAUACCUCGGAGGCCUGGAAACCCUGUCCUUGGUCUUUGCAAAUGGUGUUCAGGGAAACCGUCGACGCUUCCGGCUUGAAAAUUUCGGGCCGGACGAACGGGUAUGGGCGUCGCCUCCUGGGCGUGUUGUGAGAAAGGACAUUCUCCCGACAGAGAUUGUUAGCCAGUAUUAUAUGAUCCUCUCCCGAGAGAUCCACGCUAUAUUUCCAACUACAUACGGUAGGCCUGGAGACUUGCCUUUCAAGUUAAUCCCUCAGAAAGUCGUCAUCAACACAAUACAGGAAACCAGGUCGGCUUCAUAUGUGUGGUCGUUUGCCCGUUCAUUGUUCAAUCGCUAG